AUGGAGGUUCUCUCGCUUCUGCUUCAAAAAGCUGCUAGUGCUCCUUACAAAUAUCACGCUCAUUGUGCCAAGCAAAAAAUAAUUAACGUGACGUUUGCCGACGACUUAUUUAUUUUUGUGCAUGGUGAUGUUGUCUCGGUUAAGAAGGUUAAGGAGGCUCUUCAAACGUUUACCAACAUUUCUGGGUUGGCUCCUAGUCCGGCGAAAAGCACAGUUUUCUUUUGCAAUGUUCCUCAGUCGAUAAGACAGGAAAUUAUGGAUAUUAUGCCGUUUCAGGAGGGUGUGUUUCCGGUUCGCUAUUUGGGGGUUCCACUCAUUUCCUCAAGGCUUCUGUUUAAAGAUUGCCAAGUCCUUAUUGAUCGAAUGGACAAGAAGAUUGCUAAUUGGAUGACAAAGUCGUUAUCGUUUGCUGGCCGGUUGCAACUUAUAAACUCGGUUCUCUCAUCUAUGAAUAUUUAUUGGGCUUCAGUCUUCAUUAUUCCCACUCGGGUUAUCAAGGAGCUUGAGAAAAGAAUUCAUAGAUUCUUGUGGAAUGCGGGAUUGGAGGCUAAUGCGGGUUUUAAUUUAAAGUCUUCGGUGGCUGAUGUUAUUGAUGCGAGUGGGCAUUGGAGAUGGCCUCAAGCUUGGCUAGAUUUAUUUCCGGUUCUAAUAAGCAUUCAGACGCCUCAGCUGGUUGGUAAUGCUCCUGAUCGUCUGACUUGGAAGGAUUUGGAUGGGAAUAUUGUCGAGUUUGACUCGGCUCAGGUGUGGCAUACGAUUCGGAAUAGGGAUAAUCAUGCGGCUUGGGCUAACAUGGUAUGGUUCUCCCAAUGUGUUCCUGGCCAUUCGUUCCAUAUGUGGUUAGUGUUCCGGAAUAAACUUAAGACUCAGGAUAGGUUGGCGGUUUGGGAAGCUGGAAGUGCUACAAAUCUUAACCUUAUGUGUUGCCCUUUGUGCAAACAUGGUCGAGAUAGCCGAGAUCAUUUGUUUUUUCAGUGUGGGUUUGCAAAUCAAGUUUGGACUAACGUGAAGAGCAUGGUGAAUUUGGAGAGUGUUGAUAACACAUGGCAGUCUUUAAUGCAAUGGGUUGAUCAAUACUCUAAUUCUAAGAAAAUUGAUGACAUUGUGUGCAAAUUGGUGGUGGCUGCGACUUCUUAUUAUGUCUGGCAAGAGAGAAAUAGUCGGCUGUUUAGUUCUAAUCAAUUGACUGAGUUACAAGUGGCUGACAAGAUCAAAAAUUCGGUUCGGCUUCGGCUCAUGGGUUUCAAGUUCCAAGUGGAUUCUGCUAGGCGGGGGAUUUUCAGAAUCUGGAAGAUAGAUGAUAACAAGGAUGAUGUAGCGGAUCCGGGCUAG